UGUGUGUGUGAUCACCCGUGUGUGCACCUGUGAGCAUGAACGCGCUUGUUUUUAAAAGGUUCCUUCAUGUAAUGAUCUGCUAGAGGGUGUGGGGGAGGAUAAAAGCUAUUAAAGUCUGACCGAAGUGUCUAACUAAAACACUUUUCAUCGCAAACGCUGUCUCAUGUUUCAUCUUGUACAGCAUGUCUUCAAACUGUGGUGGUGUUCAUGGUGGAAGAGAGGGACCCAAAUGCAGCAAAGGAGAGACAUUUAUUGACCCAUAUAAAGGCCAAAUGGAUAGAUCCAGGGAAUAUCCAAUAUACACAAACAAUACAUAACAAAAACCCACAGAAAUAAAACAGCUGCAAAAAAAGGAAAUGUGACCUGGGAAUUAUAUUUGAAUUAUAUUAUCUGAUGAUUAGGCCCCUACUCAUAAGAUGUGGUUAGGUUUUGGGAAGUCCCAUUUAACAAACGGUUAUCUUGUCUAUUAUGUUGGAAUUUGUAUUUUGAUUGAUUUGUGAAUAAACUAAACUAAACCCUUUGACAAAAAGAAACAAAGACAUUUACAAACAAGCCAAAAGAUCAUACCAUCUGAGGAGCAUCACAGGUGACUUAUUUAAUUUCAUAUAUAUAACGGAUUUAAACCCUACGUGAGCUUUUACUAUUACUGUUUUUCAAAGCACUUGCUUAAAUACAGAUCAGAAUAAAGAUCUCUGCUGAGGGGAGCCACCCCCUCCUCAGCAGCAGCAGCAGCAGCGCCCCUCUGUGCUGUUGUGAGUUACGUGGACACGUACGUGCGUGUUAUUUACAUCGUGGUGUCGGGCUCGCUGCUCGCAUGUGCCGCUGCCCGUCUCCUUUGUCCUGCUUCACAGCUUCACUGGGUGUCAUGGGCACUGCCUGCAGGGAGACGAGCUUUGUCACUUCCCUCAUCACACUGGAUCCCUCGCCGCUGCAGUCCUCAUCACCAUCACCAUUGCAUCGCGAGAAGAGUCACAGCCUCUCAGUCUUCUUCGGAGGCACAAUGACCGCGUUCCCGUAGGCUACACUAUGCGAAGUGUGCCCACCUGAAACAGGCUGGGGAUGCAGCAUCCUUUGAGCCUUUCUGUUUGGGUUCCUGCUGCACUGGUUUCCUGCGGAUGAUGCGCGAAGGAGUUCGCGGCGUGUUUAUGUCUCACUCUGCUUUGGAAAGCCCCCAUCCCAUCAGGAGAUCCAUGCACCACCGAUCUUUGUGUUGUUGUUAUUACCAUGUCCCCAGCAUCGGCUGCAACGGCAAGUGAAAGCCCCACCGCCACCACCACCGUCCCCGAGGAGGAGACGGAAAGCCCCCGGGAAGAGCAGCAGCCUCAGAAACAGUCUCUGGCUAAGUCCUUGUGUCAGGAAACUCACUGGAAAUGCCUGCUGCUGUCCCUGCUGAUGUACGGCUGUGUCGGGGUGAUGGCCUGGUGCCAGGUGACAAAGGUCACGCGCCUCACCUUCAAUAGAGCCUACAAGGGAAACUCUAUGAUGUACCAUGACAGUCCCUGCUCCAAUGGCUACAUCUACAUCCCCCUGGCCUUCCUGGUCAUGCUCUAUGUGGUCUACCUGGUCGAGUGCUGGCACUGCUACACCAGGAAUGAGCUGCAGUACAAGGUUGAUGUGGACAGCGUGACGGAACGCAUACAGCGCAUGCAGCAGGCUACGCCUUGCAUCUGGUGGAAGGCCAUCAGCUAUCACUAUGUCAGGAGAACGCGACAGGUGACACGUUACCGUAACGGAGAUGCCUACACCACUACACAGGUCUACCAUGAGAGAGUAAACACCCACGUAGCCGAGGCGGAGUUUGACUAUGGUAACUGUGGGGUUAAGGACAUCUCGAAGAACCUGCUGGGCCUGGAUGGUUUCCCCAUCACCAAGCUGAGGUUCACCAAGUGCUUUAGCUUUGCCAAUGUGGAGUCUGAAAACUCCUACCUGAACCAGCGGGCCAGGUUCUUUACAGAAAAUGAGGGCCUUGAUGAUUACAUGGAGGCACGCGAGGGGAUGCACCUGAAGAAUGUCGACUUUAAGGAGUAUAUGAUUGCCUUUUCUGACCCUAAUCACCUUCCCUGGUAUGCUUCCAACUCCACCUUCUGGGUAGCAGCUGCUUUCACCUUGUCCUGGCCUCUGAGGGUGCUGACAGAGUAUCGUACUGCCUGUGUGCACUACCAUGUGGAGAAGCUGUUCGGCUUUGACUAUGUGCCAGUAACGCCAUCUGAGGAGCGGGUGUAUUGCAGACACAUCCCACGGGUCAACACAAUUGACAGCACAGAGCUAGAGUGGCACAUCCGCUCCAACCAGCAGCUAGUGCCCAGCUACUCUGAGGCGGUUCUCAUGGACCUGGCCCAGCUCUCAGGGAGCUGUAACAGCUACUCCUUAUCCGGAGGCUACGGCAGCUACAGGCAGAACUGCGAACGCUGCCACCGUGCCAUAAGCAGCUCCUCCAUCUUCUCCCGAAGCGCCCUCAGCAUCUGCAACACUGGGAGCCCCCGCAUCCCGUUCAGCGCCAGCCGCUUCUCGCUGGGUCGGCUGUACGGCUCCAGGCGGAGCUGCCUGUGGAGGAGCAGCGGGAGCCUGAAUGAGCAGUCGUGUCCCACAGAGAGCACGCGCUGUCUGUCAGGCCAGCAGGCCGGUGAGGAGAACCCUCCAGCCUAUCAGGACGCGCUGUACUUCCCAGUGCUCAUCGUGCAUCGCAACGAAGGCUGCCUCAACCACGACCACCGCUCUCUGCACAGAAAUGGCUCCUGUGUAGAAACUUCACUCUGAUGACACGAGCUAAGGCCAAGGAAACUCUUCAUAUUGGACUCUUGUGUCUCUUUAACACAGAGAUUUUUAAAAAAGAGCAUUCUCUGAGUUACCACAACCAAGGAUUUGUUAACAUUUCUAAAGAUACUGUCACCUGACACAACAGCAAUUAUAACAAAGUAUGUGUGUGGAAUUUAUCACUCAAUACAUCAGGGAAAAACAGACCCGAUGAGACUGUUGUUUAAAAUACAGCGAGGCUUUAAAGGAUACUGCCAAAGUGUCAUGUGCAGCCCUAAAGAGUCUGUUGAGAUUCAGAUAACCAAUGAAAAUCAAGGGCCAUCCCAUCCUAGUGUAAAUGCCAUAUUUACAGAUCUUAGUCACAGACAAUUUACAAAGAUAUGAGUAACAUUUCCCUGUAUAUGAAGCCUGAAAUGGGCUUUGACUCAGCAGCAAAUUAAAAAAUUAAAUGGAUGCCGAACGAGAAAUGGAACGCAAAGAUAAGCAACCUUGUCAAAACACACUAACGAGACUAAGUAGUUUUGCUGAAAUCAAACACCCCUCUCAUGGCUCUUAUCAAAGUGAAGUCAGUACAGUCGACAAAUACAGAAAUCUGCAUAUUAACACAUUUUGAUCCUGGAUGAUUCAAUGUCUCCAUUCAAAGUUAAUGCUCAUGGAAAUCCAUUUAAAGAGAAAAAAAAAUGAAAAUAAAUGUGCGGAUAAAACAUCCAGUCAGCUGAUAUGUGCUUGGCUGCGAUGACAUUAAACUCCGUGGCUCGCCAAAUAUAGCACAGGAGGAGUUUGAAUAAUUUAGCAGACGAGGGCUAAAGGACACGAGGAUUUAAAACUGAUUCAUAAACACUUCUUUAAACUGUUCAAACUGUACAUUUUGUAAAGCAGUAAAAAAAAACCUCACUGCACUGCUGAUAAAUCAGUGUCAACUCCGCCAGUUUAAAAUCUUAAAGAUCCAUUUAGGUUCGCGUUUGGCAAUAUUUUCAUUGAGCCUACCUCUUUAUUUAAGUGCCUAGCAUCAACCGUUACUGACAAGCACAAGCUGCAAUGACUUCUCAUCUCAUCUCACUAUCCUCCCAUUAAAACAAGCAGAAGAAUACCCCAAGGUUAUUUAAAACAUAGGCAAAAAUGCACAAGUUUGUAAGAAUCAGACACAAAAUGCUUUUCAGAUUUCUUUUUCCCAUUAUUCACACAACCAGCCCUGUGCUGCUGCUGCUGCUGCUGAUGCAUAUCAGAGAGACAGCUAGAGAGCUGGCCAUCGAAAACACUCGAAAUAGGCAGAGGCCUGGAUUCACUACUGAUAGUGUCAGAUUUAAUAAUAUAAAAGGAUUACUUUAAAACACUAAAACCUACUUCCUCUCAGCUGAGUGCAUAUCUGAUGCGGUAUCUGAUGGGAAAUUUACUUUUGCAAACAGUGACAAAAGUCAGCCGCGCCGCAACUUCUCAGACAAACAUCAUCUAAUUUUAACUCCCCGCAGCACAACUCAUCGCUCAACGUUUGGUUUAUUUCUUCCAGCACUCCUUAAUAUUUUUGGACAGUCUUUUAGGGCCAAUUGAAAGAAUGGAGGUUAAGCAUAGAGGACAUCCAUAACGACGGAUAUACAUGGAUCAUUCUGCCAUUACUGAAUACUAUGAACUUCGCCUGUGUUUAGACAUUUGGUGUUGAGAUUUGCCUUCCCGAUAAAGUGACCAAUCAGCCAUACUCAUUACAUUCCAUGUGUGUUGUUGUGUUUGGAGCUGUGGACUGAGACACAACCCCCUCAUAACAGACUGAGUCACGUUUAACUAACAAUUUUAACCUGUUUUCACAACUCAAGGUCAUCUAUGCAACCCCUCCCCAAACUCAGGAUAGUAUUCAGGUCAAUGAUUCUGCUUGCAACGACAUCCCGAUACUUCACUCAUGUUCUCAUCUGCACAUAAAGAAGGCGGAGGUGCAGAUGCAAACAUCUCCCGUCAUUGAGUUUCACUUCUGCACUUGCUAGUCAUAAAUCCAUCACUUAGUCUGUGUGUAAAGGACCGGUAAACUGCAACGUUUUAAAGUCAGUUUUUGCUGAAAUUGAUUCCACCAUGAAACACAAGAAAAAUGCGGUAUCUUAGCAUGAAAAAGAGGUUAUUACCAGAGAAAUCUUCCACUAGAAAAAACAUCUGCAUUAUCAAAGAAAACAAAACAGCUCUUCAGAAUAAUGCGUCUCAUAUUACCUCUCUAACAACUUAAUGCGGUGGGUUAUGAACAGCUUCAGGCUCCUGUAUUCAAGACGCUAACAGCAAAAUCUCACCUGAAAUCCUGAGAUAGGGGAACAUUUAUGACAACUGUUUGAAUUUCAUUAGUUUAAUCACAGAAAAACUGAAGUGUACAAAUGGCAAGUUAUUAUUUUAGGUUCUCUAUACAUCUCUCCAUUUUCAGUGGUUCCAGUGUAUAUGGUAAACUAUUCACAGAACAGAUGUCAGUGAUCUGAGCUAAAAUGGCUGGGAAUGAAUUGAAAUAAGCAAACAAGUUAAUUUUUAGCCCCUUUCAGAUUCUUUACUUACUUAUUUUGUAGCUGUGAAGGACUGGAUCACAACCGAGCUCGUGCUGGUCAGAAGUCAGAGACUCAAGUGGACUUGCAUGACUCAGAGGACAACACAAAUAACAGCAUGUAGUCUCCACAGGGCAUUUUAAUAUACCGAAAUGUCUUUUUUGUUAUGUUAAUCAAAAUGUAGGAGGAUGCACUGGAUGUCAAUGCUAAAGUCACUGUGUCCCUCCGAAAUCAUCACAAUCUCUCUAUCAUCAUCAAGCCUCUCAGGUGGCUUCACUGUGAUAUUCAUACAUAGUCCCGUGUAAGAAUAGAAAAAUGUGUUUACCCGUGAAAUGUUUACGCAGCAACAGAAACAAACUAUUUGACUGAUUACAAUCUGACUGAAAGUUUAAAAGCUAUACAUUUUUCCUCUAUAGAUGACUGUUAGAAUAACUUUUCUGCAAAGAAAGCAGCUAUAGCCGUUAUCAUGUCUUAUGAGGUAGAUUAGGCUCGUACGAUGAUUUGUACUCUUUCACUCAAUGAUGCUUUGGGCCUCAUCUUUUUAUACUUCCAUAAAUCUGUGGAUUUUUAACAUUGUAGAGCAGGAUGGCUUUGUACUGUAAAUAAAUAGAGACAGGAGUGUAGAAUGUCAGUCGAUGUGGAUAUUGUGUGCACACGUGCACACAAACACACACUUAAUGGUAACUGGAGCAGGGACAGAUUUGAUGUGUUGCUAUUAAAUGGAGAGAAGCAGAACAGGCCCCCUUAAAAGGCUGUUUUGGGAUGGUUUUGUUUCCCUUUAAACACGUUUUAAAUCAUUUUAUAACACCUUUUUUUUUUUAAAAUACAAAUGCUGUUGGUGUGAUUUGACUGCUUUGGGAUAAGGUAUAUCUAAGCAUAAACAUAUGCUUAGUGAUUACUAAGGAUCUAAAUAUAAUAAAUCAGUAUUCUGUCAUAGAUUUUUCUGCUUUCUCUUCAAAUGGCUCUGGAGACUGAUUUGUGAUUUUAGGAUGGAUGUGACAUACACCUGAUUGAUGGCUAUGACUGUAAAUUACAUCUGACUGAUAAUUUUGUUGCCGCCUAGUUCAAGAGUUACACUAUUUACCAGUAGAUUAGGUAAAAAUAAAACAAUGCAAGUCUGUA